GGGUCACGUGUCGGCGUGGGGGCGGGCCGGCCUGCGCGCCGCGGCCCCACGGAACCUAGGCUUCCUCUACGGAGCGGGCUCCGCAUCCCGCGGCCGGAUUCGCGUCUCCUUCCGGCUCGGCCGCCAACCGGGGCUCGGGCAGGGGCCCGGGCCCCCGGGACAUGGCCCUUCAUCGUGAGCAGCGGGACGGCCCUACUUCCAGCCGCUGGAACGGUGGCACCCAGAAGACAGACUUCAGCACCAAAAGGAAAAAGAAAGUGGCAGAGAUAUACCAAGCUCUGAACAGUGAGCCCCCUGAUGUGGCUGCCCUCAGACGCAUGGCUAUCAGUGAAGGAGGACUCCUGACCGAUGAGAUCAGAAGAAAAGUGUGGCCCAAGCUGCUCAAUGUCAGCACCAGUGACCCACCGCCUAUACCAGGAGAGGACCUAAGGGAGGUGAGCAAGGACUACCAACAAGUGCUGCUGGACGUCCGGCGGUCCCUGCGGCGCUUCCCUCCUGGCAUGCCGGAUGAACAGCGGGAAGGGCUCCAGGAAGAGCUCAUCGACAUCAUCCUCCUCAUCUUGGAGCGGAACCCUCAGUUGCACUACUACCAGGGCUACCAUGACAUCGUGGUCACCUUUCUGCUGGUGGUAGGCAAGAAGCUGGCAACGUCCCUGGUAGAAAAGUUAUCUACCCACCACCUCAGGGAUUUCAUGGAUUCCACAAUGGACAACACCAAGCACAUAUUAAACUACCUGAUGCCCAUCAUUGACCAAGUAAAUCCAGAACUCCAUGACUUCAUGCAGAGUGCGGAGGUGGGGACCAUCUUCGCCCUCAGCUGGCUCAUCACCUGGUUUGGGCACGUCCUGUCUGACUUCAGGCACGUGGUGCGGUUGUAUGACUUCUUCCUGGCCUGUCACCCACUGAUGCCCAUUUACUUCGCAGCUGUGAUCGUGUUGUACCGUGAGCAGGAAGUCCUGGACUGUGACUGUGACAUGGCCUCAGUCCACCACCUGUUGUCCCAGAUCCCUCAGGACUUGCCCUAUGAGACACUGAUCAGCAGGGCAGGGGACCUCUUUGUUCAGUUUCCCCCUUCCGAGCUCACACGAGAGGCAGCUGCCCAGCAGCAGGCCGAGAGAACGGCAGCCUCUACCUUCAAAGACUUUGAGCUGGUGUCAGCCCAGCAGAAGCCAGACAUGGUGCUUCGGCAGCGAUUUCGGGGACUUCUGCGGCCGGAGGCUCAUACAAAGGAUGUCCUGACCAAACCAAGGACCAACCGCUUUGUGAAACUGGCAGUGAUGGGGCUGACAGUGGCGCUUGGAGCAGCUGCAUUGGCGGUAGUGAAGAGUGCCCUGGAAUGGGCCCCUAAGUUCCAGCUACAGCUGUUCCCCUGAAUUCAGCCACAGGGCCACUUCUCACAGUGCAUCCAAGCCUUGCUCUUUCAUGGAAAGACUGAGAGGGAGGAAUCUCCUUCAUUAAAAGGGUUUCAACUGAGGGUGUUCUGUUUCUGCCACCCUUCCCACCUGUCUGUGUUGGCCUUGGCUUAGGGGCAGCAGCAGAGUCCUGGGGCCUGGGCGCAUCAAUCAGCACACCUGAGCUCUGCUCUGCUGCCUCCUACCUGUUGGAGGAUGUGGGUUUUUAGGUCCCAGCUGCUUGGGAACCUCUGGGCCCAGACUUAGGGGUGCCCACAAGAAGGAAGAAGUCAGGCCUCAGAAUGAGAGGACAGGACUCCAGCCUGGAAGCCAGAUUGGCCUUUGGUAUUAGCUGGUCAGAAAUCAGACACAAGAAGCGGGGCGUGGUGGUAUGUGCCUAUAAUUCCAGCACAUGGGAGGCCAAGGCAGGAGGAUUGUAACAAGUUCCACGAGACCAGCCUGAGCUACAAAGUGAGCUGAGGAUCAGUUUGGAUUGCAUAGUGAGACUUUGUCUCAAAAAAGACCAAAAAAACCCAGAAACAAACAUUACUGGGUAAAUCAUACCUAGCUUCAGCUUAGAAAUCACAUUUCUGUACUGGCCAUUUCCAGUACAGCAAGAAGGAAUAUUCCUAAACUGGUUUCCCUGUCUUCCACGCCCUACCCCAUUCUCUUGUACAAGAGAUAUUAUUUGUAGAAGAUCCUUUUAUUUCUAUUUUUAGAAUCAUGUACACCUAACAUGUAAAGUACUCACUUUAAUAAGUUCCUUCAUGGAAAAAAUAGUCCUCUUCAGAAAGAUGCUUCUGAGCUCCUGAGUUUGUUUUCUACUCAGCUCUAACAUUUCACACUUGCCAGAGUUGCUGAUAUAAACAGACCCACACUUCCAAAAUGCCCACCUCUUCACUGCCUUUCCUUCUUCCUGUUUUCUCCUCCCAGCCAGGCCUCACUCUCCUUGGCAUUGUCUCGGUUUGAUUUGUUUACUCUGUGGCUGGCCCUAGAAAGGGACAAAGCACAGCCUGAAGAGUGUGGCAGGGGUCAGCAUUGCCCCGGGUUUCUCCAAGGACCUGCAGGCCUUGGGAGCAAGGGUGAGUCUCAGACCUGAAACAGCUUUCCUGGAAGUGAAGCCAGGUUGUUUUUAUGUUAACUUUGGCUUGAAAAUAGAAAGUGCCUUUUGCUCCUUUAAAGAAUUGAGAGUGUGUGGAAUGAAGCAGCCAUGUACGUUCAUCCUAGAAGGGUCUGUCUGCCACUCUUUUCUCUUGGCGGGAAAAUUCUUCAAGUGGACAUGCAGGAAGCGCUCCUCCCUGCAUCCAGGCUGCUCAGCAGAGAAGUUUGCAUGUCCCACUAAGCACUUUAAACCCAGAGGGGCUUGCAGUGACCAUCACCCCUGGCAGGAGCCCCACCUGAGGGGAGUGCAGCCCAGGUGGAUUAACUCAGUGGCAUAUGCAUCAGGACAACAGAACUUGCUGCCAGGAUCCAGAGGAGAUGAGGUGGCAGAUGUACCCAGUCUUGUCCUCCAGCAAGUUUGUCCUGGUCAUCUCUACAAAGAACGCAGCAUCUGCUCCCCGGCCAUGAGCACUGGUGCCUGCUUGUGAAUCUGAAGGAAUCAUGGGGAGGGGCGAAGUGGCCAAGGAGAAAAUUCACAUGGCAGCUUUGUUCACACCAGGAGUCUCCUCUGCUACUGAGAAGCAUUGAUUUACCUUCAGGUAAUUUACUUAUUCUGUAAAGAAUAUGUGUACAUAUUUUGUACAGAGACUUGUAUGAAAUAAACAACCAUAUGUGGUUACGA